AUGCAAUUAGCAAAUCCUGUUUCCAGCAAACAGAGCUGGAAGAUCGAAGCAAGCGGGGAGUCCAAAACGGGCCUUUCUGCCACCAAUGGCGCAGAUGCAUUUAAUGCAUCAGUCUACGCGAAUGACGCUGCGACUUCGGCAUAUCACGCCAUGGUACGUGCUCUGGACAAAGCUUCGAAGAGGGCAAGGCGGACACCGUUCCAUGAGUUCUUGAGUCUCCUUGGUGGACCAGACCGCCGUCUGAUGCGUUUGUAUACUCAGAACAUCGAUGGUCUCGAAGUUGCCCUGCCAUUCCUUGGGAUCAACGCUCCUCUCGCUAGACGAGGUCCCUGGCCCCCAACCAUUCAAUUACACGGUACCUUGAAACACAUGUAUUGCCAACAAUGUAAAGAGAUCUAA